AUGGCGAACGUUAAUUUGCAGAUGCCGCUCAUUGCAGCCGCCACCACCAUUCUGACAAUUGUCAGUGGGGCCAGCACCACAGAGGCGGCUAAGAACCACCCACUAUAUCACAACAUGGGCUCUUUGUUCGACAAUCGGUGGCUGCCCAUGGAUCAAUCGAUGCAGCAUCAUACCCAUCAUCAUUAUGGCUCGCCCAAAAUUCCAGGCGGAAAUGCAGGCGAAAGACGUGCGUUUAGCAGCAGCAGCCAUUCCUCAGGAUCCCCGCAAGGAUUAGCCACGGUGCUCAAUGGGCUCACAAAUCUCUCGGGCCUGGGUCACAUCACCAAUGGUUACGGCUCGAUGGCGCCCACCCACACGGAGGCACUGGCCCUGGGCUCCACCAAACAGGAGAUACCGAUUUACGAGGAGAACAAUGAAGAUGCCGCAGUGGCCGCAGUUGCAGCAGCUGGUGCCCAUGAUUUCGGUUCGGGAAAUGAGCAAUCUGGUGGCGGCCUAGGGAACAAUCAACAGCACUCGCCGGCCUACAGUUAUCCCACUGCUGUGCACAAUGGUGGAUAUUUGCCUGCCUAUGGGCAACAAGGUUCUGGUGCUGAGCAGAGUUACGAAUCCUGGCCAUCAUCGGCGAUUGAGGAGCAACCGGAACAGCAGGCGGCUCAUCCAUAUGCGUACGAUAAAAUUUCAACGAGUAAUUUCCUGCCACACUACGAGCAGGGAUCUGGAUACGAUGACCAGCAGGGGCAACUCUACCAGCAACAGCAACAGCAGCAGCAUCAGCAGCAACAACUUUACCAUCAGCAGCAGCAACUUUACCACCAGCAGCAGCAACUUCAGAAGCAGCAACAGCAACAGGAACAGGAUCAGCAUUCCUCGUUCUUUAGCCAACAUGACCCAUCCGCCUCGGGAUCCGGUUCGACAUCGGCUUCAUCUGCCUCGGGCGGAUCUGGUGCUGAUGACUACGAAGAGCAUCCCGAUGCUGGCCAGGAGCAGAGCUCCAACUACUUGUCGGAGGCAAGUGGUCAUGGCCAGGGUCACACCCAUCACUCGCAUCAUGUGGAUAUCAUUAACUAUGUGCCGGUGAAGCAUGUGAAGAAGCAGCAUGUGCCGGUCGAAAAGGAGGUGAAGAUACCCAUAUCGCAUGCGGUUAUAAUACCAGUUCGCAAGCCAGUUCCCAUCCACAUACCAAUUACCAAGAAUGUCCAGGUGGCUGUGGAAAAGGAACUGAAAGUGCCCGUGGAGCGAUUGAUUCCGGUGCCGGUGGAGAAACACAUCCCAGUGCCCGUGGAGAAGCAUGUGCCCUAUCAUGUGGUCAAAUAUGUGCCCAUCAAGGUGCCCAAGCCUUUUCCCGUAAAGGUGCCUGUUUUUAAAACGGUGCUGCACAAGGUCAAGAGCUGGUGGUAG